GUUUGAAUGAAGAGCACAUAAGGAAAAGUUUGAAGAAGGUAAUCAAAGUAAAAUGCCAUUGAUUGUUUUUGGAGAUGGUUUGAAAAAUAAGUCGCAUGUCAAGUUUAAAGGUUUACACAAUGAAAAACGCGGAGAGUUGUUACUUCUGGACAUAGACGAGUAUAAGACUUCCAAGACUUGCAACUCGUGCCUUGAAAAUAAAUUGGAGCAUAUUACGCAAGGAAGUGGUAUCGAAAAACGAAAGAUUCAUCAAGUAUUAACGUUAUGGCUUCGAAGAAUAUGUUCACAAUCGCUCAAUCUAUUUGGAACGGCCAAGGACGCCCUACCAUGUUCAACCGACAAAGCGCCACCUCGAAUGUGGUGCCUGAGCUUUAAUUAGCGAAGGCUUAAGAAUUCUAACAUUGUUGUCCCAUUUUCACAUCUCUGUCCCAAUUUAAUUUGUCUUUUUUGCACUGUUGAAGCAAUUUUCCACCUAAUUGUCU